AUGACACUAGCAUCAGCAUGUGCGACCAGCCGUCGUUCCAACGCGUUCCAAUCAUGGCAUUGGGCCAAUUCGUUGACUUCGUUGAGCUGGAUGCUUGGGUCAAGACAAGUGGUGGACACCAUCUCCGUCAAUUCGGCCAUCACAAGUUGCGCAAAAGCGGCCCGGUGGAAGCAGAUUUUAGUGUUGCUUGCAACUUGCAUGGGCAAGCUGACACUGCAACCGGACGUGUUGACAUUGACUUUAUCUGUCACAACAUGCACUGCAGCAAGCUGGCGUCGAGCGGUGGGCCUUCUCCAGCAGUACAGCUUGGACAGCUUCGGCCACGAUGUGUUGUUCUUAUAUGGCCUGGUGCCAGACACAGUCUUUCUCAACUCUGCACUCCGAACUUUGGAGAGAAGCAAGCUUUGGCAAAAAGCCCAGCUCUUUUUCACCAGGACGCGGGCGGCUAAUGCACAAGGAGAUGUUGUUGGCCUGAGUACCGUUUUGGCAGCGUCUACGCAGGCUACUUCGUGGAUGCAGUCUGUUUCUUGUCUUGCAGCUUCGCAGGCAGAGGGUUGCUCUCUAAACGUUUUCAGCUACAAUGCUGUUCAAAAUGGGUAUGCCAUCAGCUCUGGCUGGAAAUUAGCAGCGUUGCUGAUGUCGGACAUGCGCGGCAGAGUAACUGAGCCAGACAGCGUGUCUUUCAAUACCAUGCUUGCUGCGUGGAAACCGAGUGGAGAAUGGGCCAAGUCUCUUUACCUGCUGCCAUUUGUAGAUGGCUUCGGGUUGGCAUCCAUUGCAGGAUCCUGUGCUGCAGCCGGCCAGUGGCGCAGCGCCAUCGUGUCCUUGGAGUAUAUGGAAGUUGGGCGCUACGGACGGUACGGAUGCAUCGGAGCCAUCGAGUGCAACGCAGUUCUGAACGCAUGUGCGGACGCUACGGCAUGGGAAGCAUGCCUCAGCCUGCUAUGUCGCGUUUUGCAGGCGGGCCCUGAGCCGACGCUGGUGACGCUGGGCUGUGUGGCCAAGGCACUUGCUGGGAAGAACUGCCUCUCAGCAUGGGUAUUGCCUCUGCUGUUGGUUACAACCUGUCAGCAGUCAGGAAUCACAGGGACAGCCAAGAAGUUGUCCCGCGAUGCAAGCAAGCUCAACGUCUUCCUGGGCAGCUGCAACGUCGCGUUGGCGGGUAGCUCUCACUGGCAGCUGGGCACCGCGUUGCUUGCGUCGCGUCAUGCCACACCGGAUGCUGUCUUGUCCCGAUCCAUGCAGCAGGGGCUUGUGCAGAGUGAUGCUUGGCAGCUCGGAUUGCAAAUGGGCCGUAUGCGAGCUGUGCAAGAACCUCGUGCAACUUCUGAUGCGGAGAGGGAAACGGAGGUAGUGCUCGCUGUGCGAAGCUGGUCCACCCCAUCGCUUUGGGCGACGGCACUGCGGAUUCAUGAGCGGGACUUGUGGGACUUUGCCGGAUUGCAGUCUUUGAAAGUGCAUACGACGCUGAUGGGGUUCUACGCGUCUUCAGUUUCCGGCUGGUCCCUGGCAUUGUCCCAUGUCUCCAGAAUGUGUCAGCUGGGAGUUCUUCCCGAUGUCCUGGCUCAUGGCAUCGCGGCUGCAGCUUGCCGAAGCCAUUUGCGGUGGCAACGUUGCUUGGCCUAUGCGUGCGAUGUGCAUCGAUCCUUGGGGCAUGCCUUGGGGCCCUUGACUGCACUGUAUAAUGGUGCCAUGGUGGCAUGUUCCGAAGCUGGACAGCAGCACCUCGUCCCAGGGCUCCUGUUCCACAUGCAAGGGCUGCAGGUGGAGUUGGAUGUGAUUUCCGUCAACACGUGCAAUUCUGCAUGUGAAAAGCUGAAGUGGUGGCCGCUGUCUUUGCAACUUCUGGAAUUCGUGUGCUCUGCACGUGUCAGAGCGGACGUCACGACGUAUGAUGGCUCGAUCACGUGCUGCGAGCAGAGCAGUCGCUGGGCCCGAGGGUUGCGCAUACUGCAGCAGCUCCCCGCCCCAGGAAUCUCCAGCUACAAUGCUGCCAUGGGCUCAGAGAUGCGGGCUACGCGGUGGCCGCAUGUUUUGCAGCUGUUCACGGAUGCGAGGGAUGCUCAGCAGCGCCCCGACAUCAUCACGCAUGCGGCCCUGAGCUCUUCACUCACUGGCCACCAGUGGAAGCUCCUCUUGUCGAACCUGCCAGUGGUCCGGGCGGAGGUUCUGGUCCUGCUGAAAGCAUCGCAAGAAAAGAAAAAGGCAGUGCAGGUGCUGUGGUGCUGCAGCGGCUAUGUCGGCUAUGGUAAGCUGCUCUUGAGUUUGAGUUGUUGCAGUCCACCGUGGUGCAUCGUUGCAUGUAGUUGCGCCGGAGUGCCACUUGAGCCAAGCUGGAACUUUGCAAAUUUGCUCGGGGAAGCUUCCGAGGCCUAA